AUGAACUGCCUUUCGGCGCAAAAUGGCGGAAAACAUAUUCACACCCCGGUUUCAAGAAUUGUUGGUUUUGAGCCGAGCGAGGGCCAAAACAGACAACGCGAAAGCCUGGCUUUUGGAAACGGCACAUCGAAUGAGAAUUCAAGUUCAUUGAUCAGAAAGAGGCUGUUGUCUCCUCUGAACGGCAAGCUCUUGCCUGGCGAAUUUAGAGGCGAACGUCUCCAAAUCGGAGGCGCGUUCAGCUGUAGUAGUUUGCGUUCGAACCUGAAAGAGAGCAAAAAAGCUCACAUUGGGAACUUGGACAGUGGCAGUCCUCCUUUUUGCCAUGCAUCCAGCUUUUCAGUUGUUUCGCCUCCCCUGUCUUUAUCACCUCUUGGGCCGAAAUUUUGUGGGAGGACGAUAUGUUAUAGGGAGCAAGAGCUGGAUAAUAGGAACAUAGCGCGGUCCCUGGAAGGGACUGUUUCAGGCUUUCUUUCUUCUUGUGAAGUUAAAGAUGGAAUCUUUUGGAGGAAAGGGCUAGAGGAUUGUGAGAAUUGUCCGGUGAGCUUUGAGAAUUUGGUAUCCGUUCAAGGUCAAAAUCCAACACUUGGUACCCAAAGUGUGAAAUUAGGCAAAUCUUUGAGUGGAUUGUCUGUUAGAAGGUCGUUAGUUGGUUCGUUCGAGGAGUCACUGUUAUCUGGUAGAUUAGCAUCUGGGAUAGUCAACCAGAAAAUAGAUGGUUUUCUGGCUGUGCUGAAUAUCACUGGAGGAAAAUUCACACCUCACCCGCAGAAGCUUCCAUUUACAGUAACGAGCGUGGAUGGUGAUAAUUACUUACUCUACUACUCAUCUAUUGAUCUUUCAAGAAACUUAUCUUCAAACAAAUGUGAAGGCCCAAAAUUAACGAGAAGCCUCAGUGUUAAUGGCUCCUCGGACGAGAAAGUCCGUCUGAGAAUACCUAUGAAAGGGAGGCUGCAAUUGGUCCUAAGCAAUCCCGAAAGAACACCGAUUCACACAUUCUUUUGCAACUAUGAUUUGAGUGAUAUGCCAGCUGGCACAAAGACCUUUCUUCGCCAAAGGGCCACUCUAGCCAUUGAUAGAGGCGGGCAUAAAGAUUCUUGUGCGAGAAAUGAGUCCCCACUUUCAACACCACACGAGACUUUAUGUUCCGAUUCAUGUGGGGUCAAUGCAAAAAACAUAUUAGACGACAAUUGCAAAACUACUAAUGGUUCAGGCGUUUUGCGUUAUGCUCUGCACCUCCGUUUCGUUUGCCCCCACAGCAAAAAGUGCUCGAGAACGGGUCUUAAGUGCAAAUCGGGCUCGGCCUCUCUGCCUUCCAAUAACGGCAUCGAUUGCGAGGGUCAACGCCGUUUUUACUUAUAUAAUGAUAUGAGAGUAGUUUUUCCUCAGCGGCAUUCGGAUUCAGAUGAGGGCAAGUUGCAAGUGGAAUAUGAUUACCCCUCGAACCCAAAGUAUUUCGACAUCAGCGAAUGA